UCCCUAGCUAGUGAUAACUCUGUAUUAAUUUCAGAUGCCAAAACCAUAAAUUUCCCCUCCUCCAUCAUUGAAAACCCCCUCUGUCCUUUCCCCCCAGAGACACCCCCUUUUCCUCUCUCUCUCUCUCUCUCCUUUCUCUUUUUAUUAGACGCAUAUAUUCUCUCUUCUUUCUCUUUCUAGGGUUUUCACCUGAAAUAGUUUUAUUUCGGUGAUAUGUUAGGAUCCUUUGGUUCAUCAUCUCAAUCUCAUGAUGAAGAAACUGAUGAUCAACGGCGGAGAUUCAGUUCCACUUCCCCUGCAAUCCAAAUCCGGCAACUACUCAUUAGCUGCGCGGAGUUAAUCUCGCGGUCCGAUUUCUCGGCGGCAAACAGACUCCUCUCCAUUUUAUCAACUAACUCUUCCCCUUUUGGUGAUUCAACUGAAAGAUUAGUCCAUCAGUUCACUCGCGCACUUUCCCUUCGCCUCAACCGUUAUAUCUCUUCACCCACUAAUUUCUUGACACCAUCUAAUGUUGUUGAAACUUCAAAUGAUUUAGCUCUACUUCAGUCAUCCUAUCUUUCCCUAAACCAAGUGACCCCUUUUAUUAGAUUUAGUCAGCUAACUGCUAAUCAAGCCAUUUUGGAAGCUAUUAACGAUAACCAACAAGCGAUCCACAUCGUUGAUUUUGAUAUUAAUCACGGUGUUCAAUGGCCACCAUUAAUGCAAGCACUAGCUGAUCGUUACCCUCCUCCAACUCUUCGGAUCACCGGUACUGGAAAUGACCUUGAUACCCUUCGUAGAACCGGAGAUCGUUUAGCUAAAUUUGCCCACUCUUUAGGCCUUAGGUUUCAGUUUCACCCUCUUUUGAUCACCAAUAAUAAUGACCAUGAUCAUGACCCUUCAAUAAUUUCUUCUAUUGUUCUUCUCCCUGAUGAGACUUUAGCAAUCAACUGUGUAUUUUAUCUUCACAGGCUCUUGAAAGACCGCGAAAAGUUAAGGAUUUUUUUGCAUAGGAUUAAAUCCAUGAACCCUAAAGUUGUAACGCUGGCCGAGAGAGAAGCAAAUCAUAAUCACCCACUUUUUUUGCAAAGAUUUGUGGAGGCUUUGGAUUAUUAUGCAGCUGUGUUUGAUUCAUUGGAAGCAACUUUGCCACCGAGCAGUAGAGAGAGGAUGACAGUAGAACAAGUUUGGUUCGGGAGAGAAAUAAUUGAUAUAGUAGCAGCAGAAGGAGAUAAGAGAAGAGAAAGACACGAGAGAUUCAGAUCAUGGGAAGUAAUGUUGAGGAGCUGUGGAUUUAGCAAUGUUGCUUUAAGCCCUUUUGCACUCUCACAAGCUAAACUUCUCUUGAGACUUCAUUACCCAUCUGAAGGAUACCAGCUUAGUGUUUCGAGUACGAGUAAUUCUUUCUUCUUGGGUUGGCAAAAUCAACCCCUUUUUUCCAUAUCUUCUUGGCGUUAAAUUUAAAACCCUAAAAAACAGGAUUUUAUCUAUCUGCAUGGUGAAGGACAAAGAGGUCUUCAAUCUCAGGUUCUUUUUUUUUAUUUUAACUUGUUUGGGUUUGAGGUUAUUGAGCUGAUGAAUGUUUUAAUUUUAACAUAGGCCUACUUACGUAGUAGUUAU